CGCCCCUGGCGCCAGCGGGACGGUGCGGCCAUGGCGGCGGCGGUGGCGGCGGGCAGGGCCGCGGCCCACGGGCACGGCGAGAGCGGUGGCGGCCGCGGCGGCGGCUUCCUGGGGCCGCGGGUGCCGGCCGAGGUAGAGGCUAUGGCUCGGGUCCUGCAGGACAUGGGCAAGGAGACCUUCCGGCGGCUCCUCAGAGUCACUGUUAAUGCGCUGGAAGGAAAAGACUGCAAGGAAUCUGUCAAGCUUAUUGCAGAAAGCUCUAAUCUCUCAGAAGAGCAACUUGCUUUCCUCAUUUCUGGCAUGUAUACCCUCCUGCGAGAGGCAUUGAGACUCCCCUUAUCAACUUUCAAACAAGAAGUUUUUAAGGAAGACCUAAAGGAGCUCAGGAUACCAGAAGAUUUCAUUGUGGACUUUUCCAGUAUAGUCUUUGGAAACAGGCGUCCCACUUCCGAAGCCACAGCUCUCAUACAAGGAAGUAGGCUGCCAAGUGUCCAGGACUUCAGGUGGAGAGUGGACGUAGCUAUAUCCACAAGUUCACUGGCCCGUGCACUUCAACCAUCCAUUCUAAUGAUGCUGAAGCUUUCGGAUGGGACAGCUCAUCGCUUUGAAGUGCCAGUUGCAAAGUUUCAAGAACUGAGAUACAAUGUUGCCCUUAUACUGAAGGAAAUGAAUGACUUGGAGAAAAGGAGCAUACUGAAGAUCCAGGACUGAACACUUUGAAACUGGGAGUUUACAGAACAGAUGUGAAAACACCCUCAGUGUGUUUGGUGAAUGGCAAAGCAGGGAAGCGUCACCACUUUGCCUCUCUGAACUUUGAAGUGGCAUUUAUGGUCAUUUAUGGUGUUUAUGAUGCCUGCUGUAAAUAUGUUUUCAUUUCAAGCCUUAAAAGCACAAGGUCUUUUCGUAAGACUUAGGAAAAAAACAAAACCAAAUCUAUGAAAAAGCAUAAUGCUCUUUGUGAGAAUUAUUGCAUGAUUCAUCAAAACAUUUUCUAAAUAACUGUCUUAAUAGAUGUAGGAGUCAUUUAUUUCUGAUUGUGAUUCAUCAUUCUCAGUAUUUUUGAAAGCCUUCUACCGGAAGCCCCGUCAGUGUGUAUCAGAAGAAAGCUCUUGCAGUACCUCAAAUAAAAAAUACAACAACAAAAAACA